CAGAGUAAACAGCUGUUCGUGGCUGGUGAGAUGCUCCCUGGCUUAGUUUUCAGCAUUUCUUGGAAAGGAAGAUCUAUUUUCGCUAACAUAGCUCCAAUCUGUGGUUGAACUUACUUGCCAUUUACAGCCACAUUGGACUAGCUAGCAUUGACAUUGAUAUUGUUGUCAGUGUUCUUUUCGAAAGAAACCACCUCCCUCAGCGACUGAUGCAAGAUGAGCUUCAGCUUAAAAGCAUUAGGGGGUCUGUUAUCAAAAGAAGAUGAACCCCAGGAGGCAACACAGAAAAAUGAAUUGACGAGGAAUUCAGAUGUUCCGAGGCAUGGAAGUGGGCUAGAGAGCCCAACAUUUCCAAGAUGGCGUAUGACAUUUAUGUCAUCAGAGGAAGGAUCCUUGGAUUCUGAUACAGAAUUUUUGGGGAGCAUCUUCUCAAGGUCCGGAAGCCAGAAUCUGGACGCAGCAGGACUGUCUGCCUCAAAAACUACAACUAACAAUCGACAAUCCAGUUUGGGAGACACUUAUCGCAAGAUCUACCGCAAUUUUACAGUUGGCAAGUCUAUUCACUUAGCAGCCCUCGCUGGUGAUCUCAGAGAAGUACAAAGAUUGAUCAACAAUGGCGUUGAUAUCCAUAAGCCGGAUCACCAUGGUAACACUCCUCUGAUGUGCGGGGCACUGGCUGGCAGCCUCGCUGUCGUACAGCUGCUGAUCCAAAUGGGAGCCGAAACCACAAGUGAAGACAACAUGGGGAACACAAUAUUGCACUCCGCCAUACAAACUGGCAACGAAGACUUAAUAAAGCUGUUGCUUCAUUCCGGUUCCCAAAUCGACGUGAACAAGAUUGGCAGUGGUGGUCUUUCUCCAUUGCAGCUUGCAGCUCAGUCAGACAAAGCAAAAUUGUGCAGACUACUGGCUGAUCAUGGAGCACAGCUAGACUGUAACCAUGGUAACGCUCUGACACUGGCUGUGUUGAAAGGCUCUAAGGAUGCUGCUGCUUGCCUCUUUAAUCUCGUUAAUGAACGUAACAUUAGACUGGACUCGUUUAUCUACGAUGUGGAUGAUGGCGGAAACAGUCUUCUCCAUCUUGCCGUAGAAAGCUCGGUUUUCCAGGUUGUAUUGUUGCCUCUUUGCUCGAGAAACUAAAUAAAUAAUGAUUAACACCUAAGUUAUUACCCAAGUGGUAAAAAUAAACUUAGUGAGAAAAAGACAA